ACAUAUGUACCAGUUUGUUCUACAAAUUAUUGUACGAUGGACGUGUUUUGGCUGUUUGCUGCUGUAUUAAUUACGGGAAUAUCCGCACAAAAUCGACCAACGAUAACUACACCUUCUGGUCAAAUCCAAGGCACUGUCGAAUCGUGCGGAUUAUUUUGCUCCUACUAUUCUUUUAAAGGUAUACCUUACGCGCAGCCUCCCGUUAAUAAUCUUCGAUUUCGAAAUCCGGUACCUCAUCCGGGAUGGAGUGGGGUUCGCGAUGCCAGCCAGCACGGAUCUUUCUGUCCUCAAUACGAACUUCUAACUUUGGAGAUCAUCGGUGACGAAGAUUGCCUGUUCUUGAAUGUUUAUAGUCAGGAACUGAUUGGACAACGGCCGGUGAUGGUCUGGAUCCAUGGCGGCGGUUAUAGCUCUGGAUUCGGAGAUGCAGAAGUGUACGACCCGCAAAAGUUAGUCCGAGAAGGUGUAGUAAUUGUAACUAUUAACUAUAGACUCGGUGCAUUAGGUUUCCUUAGCACAGGAGAUGAGCAUGCUCAAGGAAACUGGGGCCUCAAAGAUUGUAUAGAAGCGCUUCGGUGGGUACAACGAAAUAUUGCUGCAUACGGUGGCAAUCCAAACGACGUUACCAUAAUCGGGAAUUCAGCUGGAGCUUCCUUGGUACACUUUUUGUACCUUUCCGACAUGGCAAAUGGUUUGUUUCAUAAAGCGAUAGCUCAAAGUGGAACAGCAAUAGUACCAUUUGCCUUUCAAACCAAUCCUAGAUUUUAUGCUGAUAGAUUGGCUAACUUCUUCGGCCUAUCAAGCGAUAGUGCAAAUUACGUAGACCAGCUUAGAAUGCUUCCAGCCAGUAGUUUCAUUCCGUUUCAAGAGGCUUUGCUGACGAUACCAGUUCCGAGAUUCUUGCGGGCAUUGGAUUUUGCGCCUACUGUUGAACCAGUAAACUCUCCAGAACUUAGAGCGCUGACUACUGAUCCGAUGAGCUUAAUGCAAACACGACAACAUACUAUUCCUUUUCUCAUGGGUUAUAACGAUCUUGAAGGCUCUUUCUUCACUACCGUAGAGUUUGCGGUUGAUCAAACUGUUUUCGCACAGUUCAACGCCAAUCAUGAUUUGUUUGUACCCUUUUUCUGGAACAUUUAUACCGCAUCUCCAACCUCUGCAGCAGUCAGCAGUGCAUUCCGCCAACACUACUUCAAUAACCAGCAAUUGAGUCUCGCCCUAUUCUUCGAAUGGAGUCGAUAUUAUGGAGAUCAUAUGUUCCUAUUUCCUAUUCACUACACGGCUCAAGUUCACGGCCAGAGCCAAGCGCCGGUUUACUACUAUCAGUUUUCGUACGAUGGAGAUUUAAAUCUGUUCAAGAAAUCUCUCGGCAUAACAGAUCCGGGUGCGACUCAUACCGAUGAAAUUCCGUAUCUGUUCGAGUUGGCUGAACAAAUGGGAGCACAAAUUCCACCUGAAAGCCAUGCGUUCACCGUUAGCGAUCGAAUGGUACGAAUGUGGACUAAUUUUGCUAAAUAUAGCGAUCCAACACCGAAUUUUGACCCGUUAUUGCAGAAUUUAGAAUGGCCGACAGUACAGGAAAGUGACGAUGGCAUUUCGAUUAUGGAUAUCGGACAAAACUUGAUGAUAACGGAUGCAUCGACAACAGAGACAUUCCGGCUGUGGCAUCACCUACAAGACCAAUAUGCAACCAAUCCAUUUUCAUGAACUUCAAUUAUUAGAAAACCAAAUCUAAAAUCGUACCAUUAAUAAACUCAAUUUGAACGUUUUGGAGAA